GAGCAAACACAUUCAAAACUAGAAGUAAAACAAAACAAGCCUCCAUCUAUGAUCUAUGAUCUAUCUAUCUACUCCUCCACUCCACCUUUUAUCUCUUCUUGUCCACAUUUCCUGCAUCUACUGAUCUACCCACCAAAGAAGCCCUAGGAAAAGAAUAAACCCACCACACUGAAUUGGGUGGUAAGUGGGUGGGGUUCAGACUUCAGAGCAGAGCUCUCAUCAGUCUCAGGCUCUCAGCCAUGGCAGACUAUGAACAACAAUCGGUAGUCCCGAAAGAAACAGCCUUGCAAGCCCUAAACACCAUAAUCCAGCUCCACUUCGAGAAAACCCUCGAGAAGAAACGGGCCGUCGAUCUCCAAAAGAAGGAGCUUUGGAAGCUCUUCCAGUUCUUCUUCAUCUUCCUCAGCCUGAUCUUUGCCGCCCAGGUCCAGUCGCCCCGCCUCCAAUGCCGGCACUGCUGGGUCCCGAUAGGGCUCCUCACGCUUGCCCACCUCGUCUUCUACGUCUCCGUGGCUCAGACCCUCCGCUGCAUCAACGGAUUCAAGUACCAGCGGAGGUGCCACAAGCUGACGCUGGGGCUAGCGACCGAGAGGCUGAAGCAGAUCAAGAUGAGAAGGAACACCGAGCUGGCCGACGAGACGGACGACUUCGAGAUCCACUACCAGGAACCUCCCGAGAGCUACUUCGUCAAGUUCAAGAGGAACUGGGCCUUGCAUUUCGGGUUCUUGAUCUUGAUCUACGGCUUCAUGGUCUCCUCUUCGGUUGUUCUUCUCUGUUUCUAGAGGCUGUUUCUUCUUCCACAAUGUUCUAGGACGUCUUCGAAACACGCCGGCGUUAACCAUGUUGUCGCCGGUGUUGUUCUGUAAUUUUUGUAACAGCGAUGUGAAAAAUGUAGCUUUCCCCGUUUCUCUAUUUACUUCCUGGUUUUUACUCCAGCCGUGACCAGAGAACUCGGAAAAUGUUUUACAUGAUUUGUUUUGGAAAUUCAA